CAUCACGCAUCAUGCUCAUCACCAUAACCUCGUGACAAGAUAAAUAAAUAGAGAUCACAUUCCGCUUUCUCCUAACUUCAUAUUCACUGUACGAAGCACACUUCUCCCUGCUGUUUCUUCGUUUUUCUUUCUGCAAUGGACGAGAAUUCAACAACAAACCACGAGGUGGUCUUAGAUGUAAACAAGGAUGUCUCUACAACAACUGAAGACUCAAACUCCUGUCUCAAUGUUUUUUUCUUGCAAAAGUUGGUGGCUGAGGUGGUGGGCACGUAUUUCUUGAUAUUCGCAGGGUGUGCUUCGGUGGUUGUGAACAAGAACAACGACGACGUGGUAACACUUCCUGGGAUAUCAAUUGUUUGGGGACUAGUUGUGAUGGUGCUGGCUUACUCUGUUGGUCACAUCUCUGGUGCUCAUUUCAAUCCUGCUGUCACCAUUGCCUUUGCCUCCACCAAAAGGUUUCCAUGGAAGCAGGUGCCAAUUUAUGUAGUAGCACAGGUUGUUGGAUCUACACUUGCAAGUGGGAGUCUCAGACUAAUAUUCAGUGGUCAUGAGAACCAGUUUCCAGGAACACUUCCAGCGGGCACUUACGCCCAGGCAUUUGCGGUUGAAUUCAUUAUCACGUUUUUGCUUAUGUUUGUCAUAUCUGGGGUUGCCACUGAUAACAGAGCGAUCGGUGAGUUGGCUGGGAUUGCCGUUGGGGCCACUGUACUGUUGAAUGUGUUGUUUGCAGGACCAAUCACAGGAGCAUCAAUGAACCCAGCAAGAAGCUUAGGCCCUGCAUUAGUGCACAAUGAAUUCAGAGGAAUAUGGAUAUAUUUAGUGUCUCCAACAAUUGGGGCUGUGUUUGGUGCAUGGGUGUAUAACAGUAUUCGUUACACAGAUAAGCCACUGCGUGAGAUCACCCAAAGUGCUUCUUUCGUUAAAGGAAAAGGUGAUAGAUGAUAUUCAAGUGUGGUUUAGAGAGGAGUAACUUUUGCAGAUUAGUUCUCACCAAUUUUUGUUAUCUUCAAGAUACCAAAGUAAAGGGAGGAGACUUGUAAACCUUUUUCUUUGUUUUUGGUUUUACAAUGUCAAUGUAACAGUUCAUCAAGUUUACGUUAUUAUUAUGCAUAUUACUCAACUUUCUUACUAGAUCCAUCUUAAUGGGUUUAAGUCUAUGUUGUUGUAAAACUCAUCCAAAGAAAAUAAAAGUUUGCCUUCUUUUGUUUUUCAUUUUA